AAUUACUGGGUACAUGCCAAGUACAGGUAAUGUGAUAACAUCCCCUUUUGUUCUGUUCUAACAAGUGACUUGGUAUAUUUAACACUUCCUUGAGGGUGUGACCUUAGCUGGCUAGCUGUCAGCACCACAGCAAGUUAGAUCUAGAAUUCUUGAGACCAAUCAAGUUGCACUGGAACAAGAACACCAGAACUAACUAUUCUUCAGCCAUUGCAUUAAAGCCUUAUUGUUUGCUGGAAAAACAUGGGAAUCAAGUAGCUUUAGAAAAACUGAUAGAAAGAAAAUCUCAUAUGGAAUUCUUCCUUUGUAAAAACAUUUAUUGAACCAAAGAUAUAACUCUCCAUAGUCAAACCAGGGGAAGGAGACUAGGACACUUACGUAGAGUUCCAAAAUGUAGACUGUAUGUACCAGAAACAAAAGGAAACUGAUCAAAACAGAUAUGAAAUCCCCUCAAAUAUCUAAAAAUUAUGAGUGGAUUUGAAGGAAGAUAUAGUUAGAUUCUGGGUGCCAACACGGGCUCAAUAAUUUACUAACCAAUAUUAGGUGAAGGCAGUCUACUCUUAACCUAAAGUUUAGGAAUUAUGUAUUUAAAUGGUUAUUGUUUAAAUGUCAUGUUAAAUGUAAACAGUAUGAUUCUAAAGAAAGGAGGGAAUGUAGAGUCUUCCGAUCCUAAGGAGUUAACUGUGUUGUCCUGCUUGUAACCUGAGCUCUGACACUGACAGGUGUCCUCUUUCCUAUGCUCAGCCUGGAAUAGAAACAGCAGACAGUAAAGCAAUAACUGGAAGCAAGACAAGUAUCUUUGUAUAUCUGCCCAUCCAGCCACUCCUUUGCUAUAAACACUGCAAUGAGAAGUGAUUUCUCUCUCUCUCUGUUUGGGCAGAUCAGUUGGACUGUGGCCCUCAUGUUGCAGGGCACUGCUGAUGUUCCAGCUGCCUGCAUAUCCAGAGAGAAGCUGUAAAAGUAAAUCAGAACAUGAGAGGAGAGGCAGAUGGGAGAAAGGACAGAAGGGAAGCCAUAGAAAGGACUGGGCAGCAGCUAAGACCACUCUGUGGUAUAGCACUCUUAAAAAAUGGUAAAUGUAUGUAUUCUCUCUCUCUCUCUCUCUCUCUCUCUUUCUUUCUUGCUCUAUUUUUCUGUCCCUCUCUUUCCCAUUCAUUUGUUCUAUCGCACUUUUUUGUUCUCAGGCACUGGAGGGUAGGAAUGAUUCUCAUACGCAUGUAGUGGUUAUUUGUGAGGGAAUAUGGAAUUAGGAUUGUAAUUGAAUACUGUGGUGUAGGGUUUGAAUUGUUAGAGUCUGUUUGUGUGUAGAAUAUGGGCUGAUUAUUAGUACACUCAGAUGUACUGUGUAUGUAGGGAUUUAUAGUGAAAGAAUAUGGGAUACCGGGUGUAGGGAUGGAUUUUGUGUGUGUGUGUGUUAGUAAGGAGCUGGUGAUGUAAUAGUGCAGAGGUGGGAGGAUUGUGACCUACUCCCUACCCUGUACUGUGACAUUGAAGGAUAGUAGCAGGUGUUUGGUGCAUGGCCCAAGCCCCUUCAUACCUAUCAGCUCAGAGUGAUACAACCGCAGAGAGAGCAGUAUCAAAGGCUGUUACCACUGACUGAGACGGGAAGCAAACACCACUGGCGACAGCAUGCGUGAGUGCAUUUCCAUUCAUGUUGGCCAGGCUGGAGUUCAGAUUGGCAAUGCAUGCUGGGAACUCUUCUGUCUGGAGCAUGGCAUUCAGCCAGAUGGCACCUUCAAGAAUCAGCCCAACAAAGUCAACAACGAUGACUCCUUUAACACAUUUUUUAGUGAAACAGUCACAGAAAAGCAUGUGCCACGGGCUGUCAUGGUGGACUUGGAACCGACUGUAGUAGAUGAAGUGCGAGCCGGAGCUUACCGGCAGCUUUUCCAUCCAGAACAGCUGAUCACUGGAAAGGAGGAUGCAGCUAAUAACUAUGCUCGUGGUCACUACACCAUUGGUAAAGAAAGCAUUGAUCUGGUGCUUGAUCGUAUCCGUAAGCUGACCGAUGCCUGUUCUGGGCUACAGGGAUUCCUGAUUUUCCACAGCUUUGGUGGGGGCACUGGCUCUGGCUUCACCUCCUUGUUAAUGGAACGCCUCUCCCUGGAUUAUGGCAAGAAGUCCAAACUGGAGUUUGCCAUCUACCCAGCCCCUCAAGUCUCCACUGCUGUAGUGGAGCCGUACAACUCCAUCCUGACCACCCACACCACCCUGGAGCAUUCAGACUGCGCCUUCAUGGUGGACAACGAGGCCAUCUAUGACAUCUGCCGUCGCAACUUGGACAUUGAGCGCCCCACUUACACCAACCUUAACCGUCUCAUCAGCCAGAUAGUCUCAUCAAUCACUGCCUCUCUGCGCUUCGAUGGUGCUCUCAAUGUGGAUCUGACAGAGUUUCAGACCAACCUGGUGCCCUACCCUCGCAUCCACUUCCCCCUGAUGACAUAUGCACCCAUCAUCUCCUCCGAGAGAGCCUACCAUGAGCAGCUGUCAGUGGCGGAAAUCACCAAUUCCUGCUUUGAACCCAACAACCAGAUGGUGAAGUGUGAUCCACGUCAUGGAAAAUACAUGGCCUGCUGCAUGCUGUACCGCGGUGACGUGGUCCCCAAAGAUGUCAACGUAGCUAUUGCUGCCAUCAAGACCAAGAGAACUAUCCAGUUUGUGGACUGGUGUCCAACAGGCUUCAAGGUUGGCAUCAAUUACCAGCCUCCUACUGUAGUUCCUGGGGGAGACCUGGCCCAGGUGCAACGUGCCGUCUGCAUGCUAAGCAACACCACAGCUAUCGCUGAGGCCUGGGCCAGGUUGGACCACAAGUUUGAUCUGAUGUAUGCCAAGAGGGCAUUUGUGCACUGGUACGUUGGUGAAGGCAUGGAGGAAGGGGAGUUUGCAGAGGCCCGAGAGGACUUGGCUGCACUGGAGAAGGACUAUGAGGAAGUGGGAACUGAUUCAUUUGAAGAAGAAAAUGAUGGGGAGGAAUUUUAAAAUACACGUUGUUAUUCAAUAGCACCAAAUUGUCUCUUUACUGCAUAUGUCUGCUUUCCUGUUUGGUACCUUCUCCAUGUGUGUAAUAUAUAGAGAAUGAAGAUCAGAAAGGCCCUUGAAACACAAGAAAGCUAUCAUGUUUGGUAUGACCACCUAAUCCAAAUUAUGCAUGAUCCUCACUCAAUACAAGGGAGUGUAACAAGCAUUAGAUUCUCUGCCAGUCCACCUUGAGAGAAUUUUCUUUUCCAAUCCCAAAUGUAAUUAGCAAUUUAACCCUCUGCAUACAAGCUAAAGUUACCAUAACUGAGCAUCUAAUUCCAGUUUUACAAGCCUUCAUAGGGCCAUGGAAAAAUAGCAUAGACCUCACAUUUGACCUACCU